AUGUCACAGUUUCAAGCACACGUGGAACAUGGCAGCAGUGUCGCAGACGUGUCCGACACUGUCAGUUACGACUAUUGCGGGACAAGCAAUCAUCCACCGGUGUCGUUUACAGCUGCGCCUGGGUAUGGCACUGCCCGAGGACCUAGCACUCGUACGUCGACAAGAACUCGCUUGCAAGCGGCAGUUGGUCGUGUUUCCAGCUCGCUCGAUGGCAUUACUGCAUCGCCAGAGCGUGGUGCCCAAGCAUUCGAGAUGAAGCAAUUCAACGGGAGCUUCAACAGCUUAAACUCGACGGCGUCUUCCGAGUACUUUGGCAGCGGCAACCACUGGCAGGGCUUUGAGUCUUCGAGAGACCCUCAGAAGGUUUUGUUUGCGGAGGUUCCCCCCACAGAGGGGGUUAAUGGCAUUGUCGGCAUCCCGCGUCUCCCUUUUCCGCUCAUCAGCCUACCAGAGGCCGCCAAACUGCAAAAGGGCCGCAUCGAGCGCGGCGAAGAAGACCACACUGGCCCAGGAAGUUCGUUUGUGACAAGAGCAUGUUCCGAGACGCGAAGCACCAUUUCAUCCACCAACAGUCCUCGCACACCACGCUCUGUGUUCUUUUCACAUAGCCGGAUCGGCAGCAGCCGUGACCAUUUCGACAAGUCGGGUCCUGGCUGCUCCCGCUGGGACUCUCCGCGCAGUCACGGUCUGUCGAACGAAUCAAACGAGCGUGUUUCUUCGUUGUUGCUCCUCGGUGGCGAACGGCGGUCUCAGGUUCUCAAGACCCCCGACCCCCGUUCAUCGUACUGGCUAUCGGCCGACGAAGAGUUCCGGCAGGUUGCCCCCAGACUCCUCCGGCUUCGUGGAUUCUCAGCAUCUACCAGAGAGCGUAGGGCUAUGGACGGUUCUUUGCGGCUCGAACAAUCCCUCUUGACCGCAUCCGAGACCCGCCUCAUGGCGUCUGCACGGGCCGAUAUUUUACAUCGAAGACGAUAUGUUCGAGAUUGCGAGAAACGUCUGGCGUCUGUCUUCAUAUCGGUCGCUCUACUGAGUGUUGUAUUUCCUGUUGCUGGCAUUCUCGCCAUUUGUGGCGCGUUCAACUCUACCAUUACCUGGUACACGCACGGCGAAGUGGCGCACUUUACCGUCCGUCAGAGAACAAUUCUGAGGCGGUUACUUUUUGCCGAUCUCGUGGCGUACAUUUGCCUGGUCGUUAUUCUAUCGGUUUACUUUUCCGUCGGGCUGUAA